CACUGCAACUAAUGACAGUUUCCGCAUUAACCAUAUAAAAAAGCAGCUAGUUAAACGGCAUAGUUUAGUUAGUUGCUGGCCCUACGAUAGUUAAUCGUAAUGAAAGUCAUUUUAAUAUUUCUCCUUAUCUCCAUUCCCGCAUUUCGAGUGAGCUGCGAUGAUUCCAAGGAGCUGGUGCAGUACAAGACUGGCAGUGUUGAUAAAUGCCUAAAAGCCGGCGCAGUGUUGAUAGAUCGCAUGAUUAAAAUGCAGACCGAUUUUAAUGAGCUGCAGUCAAGCCAGAAUACAAAUGCCCGAGACAAGAUGGAAAAUAUUACAGCACUGAUAAACGACAAGUUCGAUGUAAUCAAUAAGAGGUUCAAGUUCCAGAAUGUACCAAGGAGUCCAUUCGAGAAAAUUGGUUCCAAAUACUAUUAUAUUGAGCAAAAAAUAAUGGUUAGCUGGUUCGAAGCUGCGCAUAAAUGUCGCCAAUUAGGUGCACAAUUGAUCAAUUUGAGGCACCACAGGGACUUUGAUAAUAUAACCAAUCAUUUGGAGAAUUCUAAUCUGGCUGCUUCCGAAGCAAAUCGUUUCUGGCUGGACAUCAAUGAUCUCAGUGUUGAGGACCAGUUCCAAUCGCUGACUACGGGCAUCAAUAUAACAUUCGCCUACUGGGAGGCGAAUCAACCGGAUGACUUUGACAACGAAGAUUGCGUGGAACUUAGGUACAAACGGAAAAGGUUUGUUAUGAAUGAUGCCAGCUGCGAUACUAAGAAAUAUUUCAUAUGCCAGAAGGAACACGUCAUAUAAAGAUCUACCAGUUAUUGACAAUGUUUCACAUUGUUUUAGAAUACUUGAAAUAAAUUUAUAAAAUAUGCAAGCUGAUUUGAGUUCGGCAAAGCAUAAAGCAUAAUAAAAUAUAUAAUGGUGAUUUUUGGCAACCUUCCCAUAUUUUUAUUAAAUAUUUAGCUGGCUUUAGAUCCUCAGAACUAUAAUAAAUUUAUUUUCGUCAACGGAACGAAGCACCUAGUUAAUGGGCGUGAUUCGGAGAUUUCGAUAAUAAAAAAAAUUGUAAAAUA